UCCAAAACAGACGAGCUAUAAUAACGCCUGUUGAGUCGGAACUUCAGCGCUUGAAACCGGAUUACAAUAAUUUAUUGGGUUUUAAUAUCGAGUAAAUAACAGAUUUGUGUGACUACGGUGUGGUUGUUGGAUUCCUCAAAUAAGUCCUGAUUGAACUGAGCAAAAUGCAGAAGGCUUCGCGUUUGAAGCGCGAGCUUCAGAUGUUGAGCACCGAGCCCCCUCCCGGGAUCACAUGCUGGCAGACCGAGGAGCGGACAGACGAUCUCCGGGCACAGAUAGUGGGCGGAACCGAUACUCCAUAUGAAGGUGGACUCUUCUCCUUGGAGAUUAAUGUCCCAGAUAGGUACCCGUUUGAACCUCCCAAAAUGCGAUUUUUGACCCCCAUCUACCACCCAAACAUCGACAAUUCAGGGCGUAUCUGCCACGAUGCCCUCAAACUCCCACCAAAGGGGGCCUGGAGGCCAUCCCUAAACAUCUCCACAGUCCUCACCUUAAUUCAGCUCCUCAUGACUGAGCCCAAUCCAGAUGAUCCACUCAUGGCUGAUAUAUCAUCAGAGUUUAAAUACAACAAACAGCUGUUCAUGGAGAAAGCCAGGAAGUGGACACAAGAACAUGCUAUUCAGAAGAACAUGGGAGUCUUGAAGGACAACAAAGACAAUACUCCAGUUCAGAAAGCUUCAUCCCGCAAAAGAGAGGCUUUUGAGUUGGACCAGGAGGCAGCGGAGCCACCAAAGAAAACUGUAUAGUUUCCAUCUCGCUUGUCAGAGCCACACACAGGUCUCCUUUCCAGAGCAAACAUUCCUUAUCCACCUGCUUGUAAAGAGUAAUAUUUUUAAUUGACUGCCAAUACCUACUUAUUUUCACUAUAUAUGUAUUGUUAUGCAAUCCAGAAAUAGCCACAUAUUUAUAUGUAUACAUUUGUAUCUUUGUCUUGUGAUAAUAAAGUUCAUUUUAACACUAA